AGAGCAGCUGUCACACUGUACGAAGGUUUCAGUUCAGAGGAAUCGGGACGAAGGAACUCACAUGCCCUGGAUAUUAUGGAUAAAAGAGAACCCUGCGGGGUUGAAAUCCAAUCUUCCCUCCGAACCAGCUCCGCUAGUAUUAAUACAGAGGUGACCCAAGUUGAUUCAUCCAACCCUUAUGAUUCCGACCGUCCCAUCUCCUACCGGGAAAUCGAACUCGAACAUUUAGAUGGAAACUCAAACAGUGAACAUGCAAAAGAUUUAAAAGCGUGCGAAUCCUGUGUGAGUAAUCCAGAUCUGGAGCAAAACCCUUUACAUGUGAAUCCAACCGUGAGAAAUGCAGGGAUUGAGGAGAGGGAUCGAUCCCUGAUGAAGGCGGAAAGGGCGGAGAUAAAAUCAAGGCGGCGGAUGAUCGUGUUGAUCGUUACCCUUCUCUGUCUAGCAGGAGCAGUGCAGGGUAUCCUCGUCAACGGUCUGAUCAACGUUGUGAUCAGUAGUCUAGAGAAACGGUUUGGGAUCCGAUCAACAGAGAGUGGUUUUAUCGCCAGCAGCUACGAUAUUGCGUCCUUCAUCUGUCUUCUCCCGGUCUCAUAUCUUGGAGGCCGAGGAACCGGAAGUAAACCUGCCUGGAUUGGAGGCGGGAUACUCUUGAUGGGACUAGGGAUGGAAUUGUUGUAUGCCUAUAGUGGAGACAACAAGUUCAAGUUUAUAUUCAUGGGAGCUCAGCUGCUCCAUGGAGCAGGAGCUGCUCCUCUCUACACCCUCGGAGUUACAUAUAUAGAUGAGAAUGUUGGAACUGGAAACUCAGCUUUUUAUCUCGGAGUAUUCUAUACAAUGGCAAUCGUUGGACCGGCGAUAGGAUACGGUAUUGGGGGACAGUUGCUGAAUAUCCAUACUGACUUCGUCUGCACAUCCAGGCUUCCUUCCAGGGCAUCUAGUUUCAGAUCUAGUUUCAAGGCUAAAUCUGUUAAGCUCCAUGAUGAUUUCGACCUGAGAGCAGGAGGCGGAGCUCUUCCUGUUGGGAAGGAGUUGAUCGCAGCUCUUUGUAUACUGUUCACAAACCCAACCUUUGUUGCCAUCAGUCUGGCCGGAGCUAGUGAAGGGUUUCUCAUGCAAGGACUAGCAACCUUUCUUCCUAAACUGCUACAGAAUACGUUUAGUCUCUCCGAGUCCCAGGCGGCGAUUAAUGUUGGAGUUAUCAGUGUUGUGGCAGGCGGCGGGGGAACUUUACUCGGCGGGAUGAUUGUGAAAAAGUUUGCACUUAAGGUUCCUGGAUUACUAAAGCUGACCAGCAUCACACAGUUCUUCGCUAUCCUAGCAGCAAUUGGUCUGCUAGCUGGCUGCUCGGUGGAGAUGAAGAUACACGGAACCCAACCCGGAGAUGUAGAAGGGUGUGCCCAGGAUUGUGAAUGUGAGCUCUAUAACUUUAAUCCUCUCUGUCUCAACGGAGAACAAUAUUAUAAUCCUUGUUGGGCCGGGUGUACAGAUAUAAACCCUGCUACAGGAGGAUACGUAAACUGCUCCUGCUCAGUGCUAACCCUACCCAUAGAGCAGACCAAUACAUGGGAACCUGUAUCCCUGAGUGAGGUUGAAGGAGUACCUGGACUCUGUCCGUCCAACUGUACCUACCUUCCUAUAUUCCUAACAUCAUUCUUCUUUACAAUGCUCAUCACAUUCUUGGCAAAUAUGCCCUCGUUGACCGCCACGCUGCGUUGCGUUGAUCCAUCGGUCAGAUCAUUAGCUCUUGGGGUGCAGUGGCUCUUCAUUAGACUUCUAGGAACUAUCCCGGGUCCGGUUGCCAUGGGAAGAACGUUUGAUUCUAAUUGCAACCAUUGGAGAGAAGGAUGUAAUGGUCCUGAAAAUUGUCUAAUCUACGACAACUCAAACCUUAGUUCCUUUAUUAUGAGUCUGACAGCUUGCUGCAAGGGACUCUCAAUCAUAGCAUUUCUUUUCGGAGUCAGGUUGUACAAAUCUCCGAGCUCGGAACUGAUCUACGCUCAGGAAACAGAACCGGAGACAAUCCUUCCUGAUCCGGAAAAGGAGGAGACGGAGAAAAAGGUUGUGGUAUAAAACUAUGUAUAUUAUUGAUCCAGGUUGAGUUCUGACUACUCCAAGACGGAGAAGUAUACAAGCAAUGAUCUUCAGGAUACAGAACUGGAGAAAACACUAUUAAACACUGUGAAGGAU